AACAGUGUGGCUAAUAGGCCCAGGCACACGGAGUUGAGAGGAAGCCUCGCUGAGCUUAGCGGGUCUUCCCUCUCCUGGUUUACCACGCCAAGGCUCAGGCAGCAUCACAACCCAGCAACGUUUUUGUCUUUUGCAGAGGCUGUCGGGCACUUCAGGCCAAGCGGGAGGAGCAGGGCGGGCCGUUCCGGUUCUGGUUCCAACCCCCAAGAAGGAGGAGCUGACCUCCGCAGAAGGCGGGUGACGCGCUUCGCUUCCAGGCUGACUUGAGCCGCUGUCGCCGCCGCCGCCGCCGCCGCCAUGCCCAAGGUGGUGUCCCGCUCGGUAGUUUGCUCCGACACUCGCGAUCGCGAGGAGUACGAUGAUGGCGAAAAGCCGCUCCACGUCUAUUAUUGCCUUUGCGGACAGAUGGUCCUGGUCCUGGACUGUCAGCUGGAGAAACUGCCCAUGAGACCUCGAGACAGGGCCCGGGUGAUCGAUGCGGCCAAACAUGCCCACAAAUUCUGCAACACUGAAGAAGAAGAAAAUGUUUAUCUCCGCAGGCCAGAAGGCAUUGAGCGGCAAUACAGGAAAAAGUGUGGAAAAUGUGGACUCCUUCUCUUUUACCAGCACCAGCAGAAGAACGCCCCAGUAACGUUCAUUGUUGAUGGCGCUGUGGUCAAAUUUGGACAGGGCUUUGGAAAAACAAACAUCUACACCCAGAAGCAAGAGCCACCCAAGAAGGUGAUGAUGACCAAACGGACCAAGGACAUGGGCAAAUUCAGCUCAGUCACUGUCUCCACCAUUGAUGAAGAGGAGGAGGAGAUUGAAGCGCGAGAAAUUGCCGAUUCAUACGCACAGAACGCCAAGGUGAUUGAGAAGCAGCUGGAGAGGAAGGGCAUGAGCAAGAGGAGGCUGCAGGAGCUGGCUGAACUGGAAGCUAAGAAGGCCAAAAUGAAAGGAACUCUAAUUGAUAACCAGUUCAAAUGAGAAGCAUCGAUUUAGAGCUACAACUGAGAAAUGUAAUUUCUGAAAAAGGGGGGGAAAGCUCCUCACCACCCCGUGACCUUUUUGAUCUGCCCAGUGAAAACCGGACACUGCUAUUAAAAGACGUUUCACUGAUGCCAACUUGGAAGAUGGGACAGUCCCGUUUCUCUUAUGGGUUUUGUAUUAUGUGAUGUGUGCACCAUGUAUUAAAUGUGUUCUGAAACUUAUUUGAGCUAUGCUUCUAGGAAGUAUCCUGCUCUUACUUUCGUGGCAGGAAAAGCAGCCUUUUGCCAAGGAUGAGCAAAGGGGCAUUAGCUUGGCAAUGUGCCAAUUUUUUUUAAUUGUAUAUUUUCAUUUGUACAUAAAUAUUCUAGAAUGCCAACAUAUCUGAAGUUUGUAUUGCAAAGGCAGAAACAAAGUGUACAGAAAAAUUAA